AUGGCCAAAAUUUCUCUACACUCCCCGUUCCUAACACUCUCAAUCUCAAUCCUUCUUCUCCUCCUCCUCCCUAUAGUCUUCUCCCAAUCAAACUCAUCAAUAUCAAAGGGCACACAACUUUCCACAAUUUGCAACUCCACCCUUUAUCCUUCUCUCUGCAUCGCCGUUCUCAAUGGAUCAAUCAACUCCUCAACCCCCAUCCGCAGUUACACUUGUAUUUCCCUCGACAAAUCCCUCUCGUCUGCCCAAAAAUUCCUCGCCCUCAACCGAAGAUACCUCCGGAGGCACAAAAACCUAACCACCAUAGUCGCCCGAGCCCUGCAGGACUGCGAAUUCCUCGCGCAGUGCAACGUCGACAACCUAAAUAACUCGUACCAAACCAUCGACCAAAACAUUAACUCAUCACCCCACAUGCUCCCCGAGCUCAAAUUCGACGAUGUACAAACCAUACUCAGCGCAAUACUGACGAACACCCAGACGUGCAUCGACGGCCUCCAGUCGAAUGCCUUCGCAUGGGGCGCUUCGGCCAGAAUCGUGAAUCAGCUAGCCAACGACACGCAGCUUUACAGCGUGUCGUUGGAUUUGUUCACGAAUCGUUGGCUUCGCUAUAGAAAAACAAGGCGGCCGCAACAUCCCAGCGGUUUUUUCGCCGGGGCUUACAAGAGAAAGCAACUCAAGUCCAGUGACGGGCGGUUCAAAUUACGAAUGUCCGAGAAGAAUAUGAGAAUCUUCCAGACGGCAACCAACCGAAAGCUACUUCAGGCUGCCGACAAUGAAAUCGGUCAAGUCAACGUUAGUGAUAUCAUUAUCGUUGACCAAAACGGAAACGGGAACUUUAGCACGAUUAACGAUGCAUUGGCGGUUGCUCCGAAUAAUACAAACAGGUCAAAUGGGUAUUUCCUAAUAUACAUAAAGGCCGGCGUGUACGAAGAGUAUGUAUCCGUGCCAAAGAACAAGAAGUACCUAAUGAUGAUCGGAGACGGGAUCAACCAGACGAUUAUCACCGGAAACCGAAGCGUCGUAGACGGGUGGACGACUUUCAAUUCUGCAACUUUUGCUGUGGUGGCCCCCAACUUCAUCGCGUCCGACAUCACCUUUCGAAACACGGCGGGCCCCAUCAAGCACCAGGCGGUUGCCGUCCGAAACGGGGCCGACUUCUCAAUCUUCUACCAAUGCAGCAUCGAGGCUUACCAGGACACACUGUACGCCCACUCCCUCCGACAAUUCUACAGCGACUGCCUGAUCUACGGCACGGUCGACUUCAUCUUCGGCAACGCGGCCGUCGUUUUUCAGGGCUGCAAUCUUCGCCCGCGCCUCCCGAUGCCCGGGCAGUUCAACGCCAUUACUGCCCAGGGCAGAAUCGACCCGAACCAGAACACGGGCAUCUCUAUCCAGAAUUGUACAAUCCAGGCAGCCGAAGACCUGGCAGCCAACAAUGCCAUCGUCAAGACAUACCUCGGCAGGCCAUGGAAGGAAUACUCGAGGACUGUUUACAUGCAGUCGUUUAUGGAUGGGUCGAUUGACCCGACCGGGUGGAGCCCGUGGUUGGGGGAUUUCGCGCUCAACACCUCGUACUACGCGGAGUUCAACAACACAGGACCAGGGUCGAACACGAGCGCUAGGGUGACGUGGCCCGGGUUUCAUGUGAUCAAUCAGACGGACGCGGGGAAUUUCACGGUGUCGGCGUUUUUGCUCGGGGAUGAUUGGAUUCCGCCCUCGGGAGUGGCUUACGAAGGAGGGUUAUAA